CUGCUUGGCUGACAUCAACACUCUUCUCUUCUGCUGAAACGAAAGUGAAACAAUAGCAGCAGUAUCGAGAUUGCAGAGUCACUUGUGAAGGUGCUUGAGAGGAAUAACAGAAGAGCAAGGCCAAGAUGAGUAGAAAAUCUACAUUUCGUAAAAAUCUUCAAAAGGGUCCAGACCACAAGGGGGAGACAACGUACAUCAUGUACCACGGAACCACUAUGAAGGCAGCGCGAAAGAUAGAGCGCACAGGCUUUAUUCAGUCUGAGGAUGGCAUGCUUGGCCCUGGCGUCUAUGUCAGCCGUAGUUUUGCCAAGGCAGCCUGCUACCCUAGGGGAGCCAAAGGCCAUAAACGAGCUGUGCUCAAACUGAGCGUUCGUGUGGGCAGAGUGAAAAUGAUUGACAGGCAAGGCCACCACUUGCAGAAGAGCUGGCACCAGGCAGGAUACGACACGGCCUGGGUCCCGCCCAACUGUGGCAUGGUGAAAAGUGGGCGUCAGGAGAACUGUGUUUGGGACCCCAAAAGAAUCAGAGUACUCUCCAUUCAAAGCAACAACCGAGAGAGUAAUGAUGAGGAAUCAACAGAUGAGGAUGAUGGGGAUAGCGAUGAUGAUGAUGAUGAUGAUGACGAAGAGAGGGAUAAUGAGGAUUAUGAUGAAGACCAUAAAGAAGAAAGUGAUGAUGAGGAAGAUGAUGAUGGGGUUAACUAUGAUGAUGAUGAUGAUGAAGAGGGGGAUGAUGAUUAUGAUGAAGACCAUCAAGAAGAAGGUGAUGAUGAUGAUGAUGUGACAGACAACAGCAGUGAUGAAUCUGAAGAUGAAGAGGAUAGUGCUACUGAAGGUGGUGCAUCUGGUUAUGAGUGCACAGUCUACUAUAAAUAUGGAAAUGCAGACAACGCAUCUCCAGAUCAUGCCUAUGACAGAUCCUCACCCCACAGUGAUGAUGAUGAUGACGAUGAUGACGACAAGGGGUCCAGCUGUGGUGAAAGGGAAUACAGUGGAGAAUCUAGUGAUAAUGAUUAUUACUGAUGUGUCAAUCCCAUUUACAUUUUGUUUAUUCCAUAGGAUCACAACAGGUUAUGUCAUGUCUAUGGUCUCAAAGCAGUAUUUCUGUCUCACAAGUAAUAGGUCAAAAUAUGAAGAGGAAUGGGUUAAUUAUUGAAUUCCUCUUAAUAUCUCGAUAAAAAAGAAUGUUUGCAUUCAUUACUGAGUCUGAGUCAACUCAAAUAGUCUGGUUCUGGUUGAAUGUCAUGUUAUUCAGUUGAUUGUUAUUUGGAUAAAUAAACAAAUGGAAAACAAAA